ACCAAUCGCAUAGAUAUACAUGCGGUGUAGGUACACAUGUGCAAGUAUCAAUGUGUUGUGCACAUGGAAUAACGAACGUGGGGUUGAUGGUUGUCGAUCACGGUGCUGCAUUGACUUCGAUGUCAACGGCUUGAUGCUUAUGUAACCUCGGGUGAUAGUCGGGAUCACAUGAUGGCCGGGUGAGUUUCGGCACUCCAUCCCCAUGUUGCAGUGGCAGUGUGGCUUCGUCCUCCGAGGCUGGAGACAACACGAGUACCGCGCCCAGACAAAUUGUUGGCGCCAAAGCAUGCCUACACACGUCAUAGCAGCAUCGGAUCAGCUUGCGAGAGAGUUCCUGUAGGGCCACAGCUAGACCAUCUGUCGCAGUGCUAUGCAGGCCCCGCUCCUACAAGCGGUGACUUCCCUCUUAGCUUUUUCGAUCGCCUCUCAUUCUCCGUCCAAGCACCAUGGUAUGUAUGCGCCAAGCCGAGGCAGAGCAGCUCGUCAUCCAACACUCUCUCUAUGAUGCCCUAUAUCGAACAGCUCUCUACAGCUCCACCCUACGUUGCAGCAACCGCCCGCGACAUGCAUCCUUGUUGCGCCAGAUUGUAGCAGGUCCGCGGGCUAGACACCCCGAAGCUGGACUCGACCUUUGCUAUGUGACGGAUAACAUCAUUGCUACCUCUGGCCCUAGCGGCACAUACCCCCAGCGCUACUAUCGCAACCCCCUCGACUCGCUCGUCAAAUUCCUGGACUACAAGCAUGGCGAAGACUGGGCCAUAUGGGAGUUUCGCGCCGAAGGAACAGGCUAUCCAGAUUCCGAAGUCUACAACCGCGUCUAUCACUACCCGUUUCCCGAUCACCACCCUCCGCCUUUCGCUCUGAUUCCCAACAUCAUGGCCUCGAUGCGCAACUGGUUGCAUGAGAAGGAAGGGAGGGUCGUGGUCGUACAUUGCAAAGCUGGCAAGGGAAGGAGUGGCACCGCCAGCUGUAGCUACCUGAUCAGCGAGGAAGGCUGGCCCGUUGAUAAGGCGCUCCAGCGCUUCACCCAGCGUCGCAUGAGACCUAACAUGGGAAAGGGCGUCAGCAUCCCUAGCCAACUGCGAUGGAUAGGCUAUGUGGACAGAUGGAAACACAACAAACUUUACGUGGAAAGACAGAUUGAAGUUCUCGAGAUUCACUGCUGGGCACUGCGAGACGGCGUCAAGAUACAGGUAGAAGGCUUUGUAAAAGACGGCAAGAUCAUCAAGAAUUUCCAUACCUUCACCCGCGAGGAGAGGGAAGUCGUACGCGGUGAGGUCAAAACCACAACAAUGUCACAGGCUGUGCAGGAAGUCAUGUACAAAAACGGCCUCGGGCGAUCAAACAGCAAAAAGGGAGGGCCAAAACCCCAGGCGCCAACCCCCGACGAACAGACGGGCACUGGAGACCAAGCUCUAGAAAAGGAUGUUGCGAUUGGCGAUGUAUCCGCAGUCAAGCAACUGGAUAGCACGAAAGAGGAUAUGCAGACAGGAGACGUUGUGUUCCGCCCUUCACGGCGGGUAGUACUGCCCACCAACGACAUCAACAUUGACAUUGAGCGGCGCAACAAAGCCGCCUUUGACCUUACCAUGGUGACAGCUGUUGCCCAUGUCUGGUUCAACGCAUACUUCGAAGGCAAUGGUCCCGAGCAAAACGGCGUUGCGGAUGAAUCAGGCGUCUUUGAGAUUGGGUGGGAUGCUAUGGAUGGAAUCAAGGGUUCAUCUCGCCGAGGAACCCAGGCUUUCGAGAAGAUCGCCAUUGUAUGGAGAGCGCUCAAACCUAACGAAGGAGAAACCAACGUGGUCAUCACGGAGCCUAAAGAAGGCGAGGAAGUUGAACAGGCAUCGCCGGCAGACUGGACUGGUGAGACAGACAUUACCCCAAGCGAAGGCAAAGACCUUGGUCUUCGCACGUCCAGCCCGACGACGUCCAACACCAAUAUCAGCAAAGCAAGCAGUAUCAAGGAAGCUUUCAACAGCAAACCGCAGCAGAUCAUAACGGUGCCCGGUCGAGGCAGCCAAGAUAGCAGCAGAGAUGACGUGAAGCCCCACGGACCCAAUGGAGAGACUGUUGUUCAGAAACCGGGAAUAAUAAGCAGCAUGCUCGGCUCUAGCGGCGGGAGCGGGAACGCCAAUGAAAGCGGGCCGAAGACGAACUUGUCGAGCCAAGUGGAUGGCCCAGCACACUGCAGAGCGGGCGGGGCGACAGAAGACGGGGCAUCAUUCCCUACGAACAGCGUCGAAGGGACGGUCACGGGGAAACAGCACGUAUCGACAGACGAGCUACCCGAUGGUAAAGCAGAGGACCAUCUAGAGACUGCCAAGGAACACGCAUUAGGCCACCUGGGGAAAAAGAAGCAAUUGAGCUCGUAG